UGGUGGAGUUUGUUGUGUGACAAAGGAGGGAUCCACCAAAGUAUAAUUUUAUAUUUGCAAAAAAUAUUAGACGGAGCACAUAUUUACCGUAUAAUAAGGAUAUAUCAGUUAUUGUAGCUACGUAAUAUUGUGAAAGUCAUUGACAAACCGCAUGCUAAAUACUUAAAAAAGCGAGGAGAGAUCAGCUUCGUUGGGAGGUGACCUUCUGUUAAGAGACACUUUCGCGUAAUUUACUAAAGAAAUGGUUUGUAAACAUCGUAUAAUUAUAGUAGUAUUCAUUACACUUAUUUAUAAACAGUUUUGUGGAUAAAAUGGGUUCAAAGUCAAGUUCAAAGACAGCAAAAGGAAGUAAGCAAAAUGCAAGUAAAGCUAAUGGUGGGAAAUUGCAAUCCCAGGAGACUCAAAUUGAGAGAGACCCAAAUGGAGAGCCUCAUAUUGAUGUUUCUUCAUUAAGAAAACCAGUAGAUAUCAGUGUGUCAGGUGUUGGUCAAGUUGUAAAAGUGUAUCAGACUGGCACUACAGAGGUUCGUCAGAUGCUGGCCUAUGAAUGUGAUCUGGUGUAUGAAUGCAAAAUAUGCCGGAACCUUUUUAGAAGCUUGGCAAACUUUCUUUCCCACAAACGUGCUUACUGCAAAGAACAGUACGGUGACACCAAAUGUGUUAUCCCUGCAAAUCACUUGGUGGAAGACUGUACUACAGUCAUCCUGCCGGAGCCAGUUCUACCUGAUCCCACAGAGACUUGGGUGACUAAUGAUGCAGCUCCUGAUCUGACAACUGAUGACACUGAGAUUCCAUCAUCACCUCGCAUAGAAACAUCAGUUCCACGUAUUGCUACUUAUUCUCAUAACAAAAGAAAAAUAAACCACGUAGUAGAGAGAUUAUCUAAAAAGAAAAGAAUUAAGGGUGUUGCAGAAUCAGUAGGCUGUGUUUCUUCAUCAAAGUUCUAUGACGCUGUAAGUGAGCAGGUUGCAGCUCAACGAGAUGCUCGUCAAGAACACAUAAUACAUCUGGAAGCUACUGAAAACACAAAAUUUGGAGUGUUUCAAACUGUGCUUGAAUCAAAUUCUGCAGUCCAAAUGGAUAACAUUGAUCUCAUGAAGGCCCAGGUAGUGGAACUUCAUAACAUGAUGUCUUGUAAUGAAGCAACUCUGGGUCCCGAUGGACAGAUAGAAAUGUUGAAUUGUGAGGGUACAACACUCCUUCCUAAUGCUGCGAACACAAAUGAAAAUGGAGCUGUAGCAGUCAGAAAACAAGACAGUGCACAAAAUAAUAAAAUAGGCUCUUCCAAGAAUCAUGUUUGCACAAUAUGCAAUACUAGAUUUGCUACACGGAAGACACUGAAUCAUCAUAUGAAGUACCUUCAUGUGACAUUCCGACUGUGUUAUCCUUGUCCAUGCUGUAAGAACACUUUUUGUAAUACAUGGAGUGUGUAUAGACAUCUAUACAAAGUGCAUCGCAAGACGGCCAUUCAGGUGCGGAAACUGCGUUCCCAGAUUGUUAAUAAAGCAUUUAGAAAAGAAGUUUCUGAUUAUGAAAGUCAGAACUCAAGUGUAAAAUCAACUGGUGCCGCUGUACAGAGUGAAGCUGAUAGAGCACGCGAGGAACAACAAAGGCUUCACCAGGAGAAUCAGGAUUGGAUGAAUAAUUUUGAGGAUGAUCUUGAAUUGCAAAUGUGUGGAGGUUGUGGGCGUCGGUUUGAGAGGCGUGCAGCACUCAGUUCACAUUCUCAGAUUUGCCAGAAACGAAUUGCUGUGCAGAACAACAUCAAGGCGCGUCGACCUUGUCCCCCUACAUCAGCCACUACUAGCAGCCGAAUAACCAACACAAAAAUAUUGCCAACAUCAACAGAGCAGCAGCCUCGUCUACAUACAGAAACUACCAAGAACGAUGUUACAUGUGUUGAAAGCAACACAAGUAGGUUGAUGCCUUUAUCAGUACUGUCAGAAAGUAUGCAAUCAACUGCAAGUGGAAUAAAGAGUGUAGUAACCACUUCUCCUUCUCCUGUGUCUCUUGACAUUUCGAACCCACUGCUUGCCACAGCUCCCAGUGCUUCAUACCACCGAACUCGGCACUGCAGUGGCACUCGGUCUGACACUGUAAAGAAAGAUACUCCUGAGAAAAGAAUUGAGAUUCAGAUAAGGAGGGACUAUUGUAAGACAGGGAUAGGGGCUGGAACUGUGAGUCCUGUUUUGGGGAUAGGGGGCCCCUCAUCUCAGCAGCAGGACUGUAAUUCAGAAACAAAUGAAAAUCAGCUGUCUUGUGAUGAUACAGGAGAAGGAAAUAACCAUGACGAAGUCAGUAAUAGUUUCACGGAAGACUGUGAAGGUCACAGUGGGUUGUAUCAGUCAACAGAAUCUGACACAUGUUUCUCUGAGAAGGGCCCUCAUCUGUUCUCUGGUAAGAUAGAUGGAAGUGUUGGAAUAAAUGCAUGUAGCUGUACACAAAUUAUUGAAAAAGAGACCAUAAAAAGGGAAGAAGAAAGCACUGAUGCUUCUCAUAUCUGUCUUGUUCCAGCAGUGAGAAGCAUAAAUCAUGAUGGAUCUUCCAUACAGUCAGUGCAAGAUGCUUGUUUGGACAAGAAUGGCAAUCAGAGUCAAGAGAGUUCAGAUGUUACAAAAAUUAAAAAUACAGGCAUUCUUAUGAGAAUCAAUGAAAAACAGAAUAUAGGUAUGGACACAGCAAGUGAUGAAGGAAUAAGAUGGGACUCCGUAAGCUCUACUGCACUGAGUGAAGAUAGUGAAAUCAAGACUGUAGGGAAUGAGCAGGAGAAUGUAUUAGUUCCUGCAGCUAACACCAAGAAAGAUGAACAGCUGUCUUCAGCAAUGGAGAACAGAAUGCGAAGCAUUAUUAAUAUACGUCGUCUGCAAUGUUUGCCAUGUCAAAAGAAGUUUAACAAACUGACAAAUCUGCGGAGGCAUGUUGCAGUUCACAUAGGUUGGAAUCGUUACCGCUGCACUGAAUGUGCAUUUAAGUGUUUCUCCAAAUAUGACUGUGUUGCACAUGUUAUUAAAAUACAUCUAGAGAAAGGGGAACAUGAUAAGGCACAGUCCAUGGUGGAAUAUAUUGAAACUGAGACCAAUGACAUAGAAAAUGAUUUAAGUAAUUGUGAGCCUACAGAAGAAACAUACAGAAGCCAUAGUGAAGAAAAUGGUCAGAACAUGUUAUGUGAUAUCAACCUGAGUAACAAAUGUAUUCCUGUUCCAGAAGAUGUAGAAAUCACAGUAAAUGACACAACUUGCAAUGAAAUAUCUGACUGGUCACUGCAAGAAUGUGAUGAAGGCAAAACAAUUACUAGUACUUCUGAUUAUGACAUGGGUAUUGAAGCUGUUCCAAAUGAUAUUCAGAAUUUAGUGAUGAAAUUGAAAGAUGCUGAGGAUAAUGAUUUAUAUGCAUGUGGCAUGGAAGGAGAAAGGGCAAAUGAUGUUGUAGUAGACAUGCCUAUUAAGCAAGGCCCUUUGAUUACAACUGGAAGUACUGCCAACAGUGCAGAAACAAUCGAGAUGAAAAGUGGAAAUGUAGAUGAGACACUUGUCAAGGACACAGCAAUUAUUUUGCAAGCAGAGGAAGCAAGAGAACCUAUCAUAUCCACAUCACCAGUUAGAUUGGGACUCAAGAGAUGCUGCAUGAGUACUGAAGAUUUGGAGCAUGAAGAACCUGAAGCUGUACCUUCAAAGAAAAUGUUGACAACCACAGAAUAUCAGCAGAGCACCAGGAAUGUAGCAGUACUAGAUUUUGAAGAAAAUGCUGCACUUAAACCUAAGAUGAUAGACAUGGAAUCUGAACCAGAUAUGCACAGUGAUCCAGUACAAACAUCUGUAGAAGGCAGUACACUGCAAGUUGAUAGUCUGUCUGAGACACAAGCACAAGAGCAGACUGCAUUAAGAAAAAUGGUUUUAGAGGUGAUUUUUGGUUCAGGAAACAGUAACAUGAACCGCGAUGUUGAAGCUGCACAGAAUAUAUUCGCCAUGGCAAUGAAUGGUGAUCAUGAUCAGUCGGGAGGAUCAGCCUCAUCUCCUGAGCCAUAUGAUAUAGUUGAAUCUGUUAGCUGUGAUUCUACAUCUCCGCUGACCACCAAUAGUUCAGCGGCAUCUCCAGUGUUAACUUCAGAUGACGGAGCUUCUGUAGUAAUGGAACAAACUUUAAGUGCAAAGGGUGAGGGUGGGAAUGGUCAACAAAAUAAACUCAGCAACAGUAUAAGCCCUAUACUUGAAACUGAGCGAAGACAAAGGCCAGUGCGAAAUAGGAUAAAGGUUGAAAAAGAGGACUUCAUUUAUGAUCUCUCUGAUAGGUGUCUGGAUCCUAGGAGGGAUGGAGAGGAUCGUAAAGGAAUGAAGCGAAAACAAGAAGAUCGUAUGCGUGAUGUGAAAUUGGUGUUGGAUAAGGGAAAUUAUAGUGGAGAAAGUUCACCCACUAAAGUUCUACCAAAACUGAUGUUUGUGAGAACAAAUAUGGGUGAAUACAGUGGUGUAAGAGUAGUUAACAAGUCUGGCAUUAACAGUAACAUGACACAAGUGUUAGACAAUAACAGUGGUAAGAAUAUCUCUUCGAAUACAGUUGGUUAUAAUAUAUCAACAAGAAAAUCACAGCGGACAUUUGACAUAUCACCGCACAAAGUUUCAACCAUCAGUAAAGAAAGAAGCGAAUGAGAAUAAAUAGGAUACAGAUAUUGCAGUGAAAUCAUUAAAAAGGUUAUCAGAUUUGGGGAAUAUGGAACAAUUGACCAUCUAAUGUGAAUGAAACUUAUGGGAAUAAAGGUGAAGUGAACUUCUAGAUUAUUGGAAUUAUAAACAGGCAGUUUUCUUUAAGCAGUGAUGGACAGAAGAUCUUUUACUACUAAUGUAGCAAAACCAUUUUAAAAUGGUUCAGUAAUCAGUUUAGGAAUAUUAUAUGCUGUACUACUCAGUUGACCAUAUAUACAGGAAUAACUUUUCUUAAUGUCAGAUAUAAUUUCAUGUUAUGAAUUUUGUGUUACAUUAUUGUUCUUUCACUAAAUUAUAAUAAAUAUAAUUAAUUUUGUGUA